AUCAGAACCGUCCGGACUGCAAAAGUUCAGCCUCUAAGUCUCCAUUGAUUUUCGGCUGACUCAUUCGUCACACUAACUAACUAGUUAGUUAACUAACAACUAGUUAACUAAGUUAACUUAACUAACUUAGCGCCUUAUGCCUGUGCUCACUCUUUGCCCCAUUCAAACGUGAGCAGCAGUCGACUUUGUGUGAUUUGCUCAGCCUCAAAAGAUCCAGCUUUGCCAGGGGGUCGUCGAAACACACGUGUCCAAGUAUCGAAACCGGCACGCUGGACCCCUAGGCUGACUUGGUCUUAGCUUUCCCACGACUGUUCUAAACGGGGUAUUUUGGACGAGACGGGGUCCAGUGGAGAGACGGAAUUGCGUUUUCCAGUUUAUGUAAUGCGCCAGCGCCCGGUGGAGCCAUUGGUUCUGCUGAUUUCACUUAUCAUCGCGACGUUGGAUGCUGCUCCACCGUAACUGAUCUCCUUUCUUUCUACAUGUUUAUUGUUCCUGCCGGCGAGAUCUCAGGCGUCAUCUACCUCGAUUCGCCUUAGCGGCAACGGAUCCUUUCUCAACUCAUACCUUCACCUUACACAGGCUGGUCGAGGCAUCUCCAUGACAUCUGUCGGACUUCGCAAAUAUUAGCCGUGUCCAACUUGCCCCUCUCUACAUUCCAGGAGACACUGCAGUGCCCCUACGGCGAGGAAGACCGGGGUUUUCAGUGCGAAUCGCACAUCUCUACCCCGCUUCAACAAUGGCCGCGUCAGACAGGGAGAGCUCCGGCACGACACAAGAUCCUGCCAACACGCGGUGGCAAUUUAUCGACACUUCUGAUAAUAGUCGAAGCAACCUGACACAAGUUAAACGUCAUGUCAUGCAAGAGUAUAUACGCCAAAAGAAAGGGAGCUCACGCAACAGCGAGAGUGACGAAUCUGCUAGCCGCCCGAGUGAGCGUGGUCGGCGUAAGAAGCCCAGAGCUACAAAGCGCAAAUAUAUGAAAAAAGCAGCGGAGGCCGAUAAAGACUCCAAACAGUCAUCGCCAGCCGAGAAGAAACCAGCUGCAGAAGAGGAAGAAGACGCGGUCUCCGAUGUUGAAGAAAUUGCCCCGAGCUCCAUGUCCGAGGUGGUUGACCCGUCGUCAGUAGCUCAGACGACUACUACUUUACCUUUCCAUACAUCACAAUUGCAACGUCAUGAAUUCCCAUUUCAAGUGGAUGAUUUCAUCGACAUAUCUCCUCGGACUCAGAGCCAGAUGACGGACUUCCACAGUCUUGCAGCAUGGUCUUCAACACCCACGACGCCCCUCGAUUUCACAAGGUCGCCUCGAACUAUCCUUAGUGCAGCGAGAACAGAUCCAUUCAACACCCUUCCAUUGGAACUAGAUCUUGAAGGACAGAAGCUCUUUGACUUUUACGUUAAUGAGAUGCCUGCAUGUUCAUAUGGGACCCAUUUUCGGUCGACCAAGGCCCACAAUUGGUACACCAAAGUCUUUGUUCCAGAGGCAAUGAAGGGAGCCGUGGCAUUUCAAAACACCAUUCUCGUUCAUGCCGCGAAUACGUGGAUUUGGGUCCGCAAUCAGACUGAAACGUCGAAUACUCUUAUACAUCGAGACCGGGCCAUCACGAUGCUUCGUGAACAUCUCAGCAAAAACCCCCGCGACAACUCGGACGUCGCUAUCAUUUCGUGCUUGAGUGCUGCUGCGCUUGAGGACUUUGAUCCCCGCCCCGGUCACAAAGAGAUCAGUUGGAUGCAUAUGCGCGCGGCUCGCGAAAUGAUUCGAUCGCGAGGAGGACCGGUCGCCUUUGAACAUACUCGGCUUGGGAUGUUGAUCAAUUGGCAAGAUUAUAUCCUCUCGGGUUAUGAAACCCACGGGCCGAGUUUCUUCUUCGAGAAAUGUCCACCUUCCUCAGCCUCCGUGUCUGAACCCCCUCGCUCAUCAUCUCAACCUUCUAAUCACCUCAACUCGAUGCCCUCCCCUCCCGAAUCCACUUCCUCUGCAUGCUCGGACAUUCCAUCUUUGGAAACUAUUCAAAAUACCGUGCCCAUGCAUAUAAGCUCACCCAUCGACGAGAUCAGACUCCAAUGCGAGGAAUUCCUUGAUUUUCUCCGCCGCUGCGAGCAAUUAGCUCUAUACCAGAAACAUAACCCAGAAGCUUGUGAUCUUUCCAGGCAUGAAGCAGUCCAACCAAUCUCCAUCCUAUACCAGACCCUAGCGGCCCCUUCUGGUGCUCGAUUCACUACCUCUGGAGAUCGAAAACAAAUGGUUGCCCGACUGACAGCUCUCAUGAUGCUCAACGCCGGCCUGUGGGAUUACAGGUAUACACCUUCCCGCGCUGGGAUUUUCCUGAAGACACUAGAACAAGCCAUGGUCGACAGCGAAGUCAGUAUGAGCGGCUCUGUCGAGGCAAUUCUUCAGAUUCUCCUGGAGUGCAACGACGGCCCUACAGACACCCGGCACGCAGUGGCCGAUGGAAACGUCUCCCCUGCUUCCUCAGAGCAGCUUCCAGACUUUACUCAAUAUUCCCCCACGGCGACCUCGCCAUCCGCCCGACCCUGGUUUGCUGGUCGUAUGUUGAAGAUUGCGAAGAGAUUGAACGCUGACUCGUGGCAUCGACUCAAUGACUUCCUUUUCUCAUGUCUCACCCUGCAAGUACAAGAGUCAUCCAUAUUUUCGUGGGAGUCUGAUCUACGCCGGGAAAUUCUUGAUGCCCCAUUGACGAGCUAUAUCAUGCCUUCACUAUUCAAGUGAGGACGCCCCUGCUAUGACCUAUGUUCAAUUAUAUAAUACCCACAACAACUUUCCGCUUCACCAGACAGCGAAUGAAGAAUUCAUAUUGUUAUAUCUUAAUAUAUAUCAUUUGUGAUAUUUCUUAACUGUCAGCGUUCUACCUUCCUUUGUUUCUGAAACUCCAUAAUAUGAGAUACAUGGUCUUCACAUCUCGCUAAGCAAAGAUGCGGAUCGGGUGGUUGGGCAGGUAGUGACCGGGGUCGUUGAAGCGCAAGCCCUUGUCCAAAGCAGCGAUAGACGUGAGCUCGUCCGCAGUCAUGUCGAAGCCCACGACAUCCAAGUUCUGCGCAAGACGAGACUGGUUAUUUGACUUGGGUAUCACGGCAACAUUACUAUCAGAAGAAGAACCUGAGCAGGUGUGACAUUAUACUUCGCAGCAAUCACUUUAACAGGCUCGGCAUCAAAGAGCAAUGGAAUAUCCUUGGCCUUCUCGGAGAAUUGUGCGGGCAUUUCGACAAAGGACUGGGGGCCGAAGCUAGAAUAAGCGGUGACCGCAAUGCCUUUCUCCUGAGCGACCUGGACAAGCUCGGGCUGCACGAGGUAGGGGUGAUGCUCGACCUGCAGAGAGGAGAGCGGGUGGCGGGCGUAGCUGAGGAUAUCGUAGAUCGACUGUGCCUGGAAGUUGCUGACGCCUAUGCUGCGGGCAAUACCGUUGUCCACGAUCUCCUCCAUCGCCUCCCAGGUUUCGCGGAUAGGGACCUUGUCCGUCUCGACGGUGCCGGCAUCAUCCAUCCACCAGGCCUGAAGGCCGUCAGCAAGUGCACCAUUGGAUAGUCAUUGAGAUAUAAUUGAAUGCCGCGGAAUGUUACGUACCGGGUAUUGUCGCACGGCUGGGUCGAUAUACUUCAAUGCGCAGGGGAAAUGGAUCAAGAACAAGUCAAUGUACCCAAGGCCCCAGGUCUCAUUCUGCUUCCUAGCCAUGGCUAGGGCGUGGUCGCGGCGAUGGUAGUUGUUCCAUAGCUUGGUAGUAAUGAAGAUCUGGUCGCGGGUCACUAGGCCGUCUG